AUGUACAUACCAAGUCCUAUAGAAGAUAUUGUUAAUAUCAGUGAUGAUGAAUCCUCAAAUGCAUCAGGUGCAGCAUCUGCUAGUCAUAUAGCAGCUGUUGGUAUGUCUGUACCAUCAUCUAGUUACAGCAAUAUUAGACGCAGGAUGUUAAAUUUUAGUGUAGAAUAUAGAGAUAGAAAUAUUCCUGUUGUUAUUGCUGAUAAUGAAACAAUAGGUGUUAUCAAAGAUAUUUUAGAGGGAGAAAUAGGUAUUCCUGCUGGUCAACAGGUUUUAAAGGGCAUCAAAAGAAAAUUUGACGAUACAACUAUAUUAAGAGAUUUACACCUACCAAAAGACAAUUCUUUAUAUGUGUUAACACCAAAUAUUAAUAAUCCUACAUUAUCAAGAUCUCGGGAAGAUAAUAACCAUAUACACAAUCAUGAUAUGAAUGAAGAAUACAAGUUAGAAAUAUCAUUUAAUGAAAGUAGUAGAUAUAGAAUGUAUAAUUUAAAAUAUCCUGGUAGAAAAACUGUACAAGAGGUGAAACAAGAUUUAUCCAAUGUAUCAGAUAUACCAGUAAGACAUCAGAUCUGGACAGGGUGGCCUCAAGGUACCAAAGAUAAUUUAUAUUUAUCUCAGUGCGGUCUAGAUUUACCAACACAUAAAUUAACUCUAGCCAGGGCCAAUAAUACAACCAAUAAUAAAUCUACUCAUAGACACACUGCAGACGAAGUUGUAAUGGAAUUAAGUAGUGAUGAAGAUGAAGUUAUUGAUAGUUUUCAGGAAGAUGAACUGUUCAACUCAGAAUCAGAUUCUACACCUAGUCGACGAAAUACUACCUUAAUGCCAGAAAGUUUUUCAGAUGAAACAGAAGCUUUAGAACAUCUUACUAGAGAAUUUAAAGAACGAUACGGUGAAACACAUCCAGUAUUUUUUAUUGGAUCAUUAGAUGAUGCUAUAAAAGAAUCUUUACAACUAAAAGCCACAGAUAGGAAGUUAUUAGCUAUAUAUUUACAUCAUGAUGGAAGUAUAUUUUCUAAUGUAUUUUGUUCUCAAUUAUUAUGUUCUGAUAGUAUUGUCAAUUAUUUAUCAAGUAAUUUUAUCACCUGGGCCUGGGAUCUCACUCAUGAAGCCAACACAAAUAGAUUCAUCACUACAGCAACACGUCACUUUGGAAGUGUGGCAGCUACGCAGAUGAGAAAUUAUAGAAGUGAAGAUUUACCGGCAUUAUUAAUUAUAUCACGGUCACGCGCUACUAAUGAAAUAGUUGAUGUUAUACAGGGUCAUGUAACAUUAGAUGAAUUAAUGACAAGAUUAAUACAUUCUGUAGAAAUAUUUAAAGAACAACAAAUAGCAGACAUUGCUGAAGAGUUGAUACUGUCCAUUUGUAUCGUUAGAAAAUUAUAUGUAAGAUACAGCAAAUAUAGCACUUACUGUUUCCACCUGUCAGUGAUGCAGGUUAGACACGCUGACAUGGAAUUGUGUCUUGAAAUUUGGAUGGUAUAUAAAACAGGUCUCGUUUGCUGCACAAUGUACCCUUUCAAAGAUCCCAGUACACAAAAAAUGAAACAGGCUAUUAACAACGACUUGGCUCAUAUUUACCUAUGUAAACAUCCUAAUUUUUUCUUUCAAAUUCAGCAAGAAAGAACGAAUAGAGAAUUAAUCAAACAGCAGCAAGAUGCAGCUUAUGAAGAGUCAUUAGCAGCUGAUAAAGCUAAAGCUGAAAUCCAGAGAGAAGAAGAAGCCAAAAGACAAGCUAUAUUAGAAGUUGAAUUAGAGAAACAAAGAGAAGAAGACAGGCUGAAACAAGAAGAAGACGAUCAACAAUCAGUAUCAAGAUCUCUAGCACCAGAACCUCCUGAAGAUGCUACAUAUCUCAUUAGUCAGAUAAGAUUUCGUGUACAAGGUGGUGAUGUUAUCACUAGACGUUUCCGAGCUGAUGAUACAAUACAAACACUACUCAAUUUCUUAAUAACUAAAGGUUUCCAUACAGAAGAAUAUAAAGUUAUAACCACAUAUCCUAGACGUGAUAUUACACAGUUAGAUGAAACACAGACAUUACAAGAUGCUAAAUUAUUUCCUCAAGAAACUUUAAUCUUGGAGGAGAAAUCUUAA